AUGUCGGAAUCGCGUCUCCCCAAAUUUGAUGCUCUAAAUGGCGGUGCCGACGCCACCUAUGUGACUUCAACAUCAUUUUUGACGCCAGGACCUGUGGGGAUUGGUGGCGGUGGCGGAGUAGGCGGGGAAUUCAAGAUUUAUGAUCUUGAUGUGUAUGGGGAAAACUUUUUAGAGCUCAGUAGGGCUAGUAGCUACUUUCGUAAACGGUCAGACUUUCGUGGUCAUCAGCUCAAAUGGGGUUAUCCGUGGGCGGGGAGGAAUGUUAUUACGGAGGAGGCAAUUCGAUCCUUCAGGGAAGGCCCAUCUCCUCCAAACAGUUAUGUUGCUGCUGUCAUGGCCUUUACCAAAUAUUUAAAUGCAACCUUAGCCCCAUCUCGAUUUUAUCGUAUCCACGGAGUUCCAGAUCCCACCACCAAAUCAUUCAACGGAUUGUACGGCGGCCUUGAAAGCGGUGAGGUUCACAUCGCCUUGUGGAUGCUUAACCAAGGCUUUUACGAAGAAAUCUUGUCCACCACGUCUGACGGAAUUCAGGACGGUCUCGUAUUUUUUACAAGUCUCAAAAAGAACUUGGGCAAUGCCGACCCCAUCGUGACACUAUUUGAACAGCUCGACCUCACCAUAAUAGCCUAUCACGUGGGCUGCAUAGCCCUAAUUGUGGUUACCAUUGUGAUCGCAAAACCGCGGGAGAAAUGGAUCCAGGCAGAGAUUUGGUUCUCCACGUUGGCCGGGAUUUGUCGCCUAAUUCCUCAACAGAACAUUAACCAGGAAAUUGAAAAGCAAUUAGCUCACGGAAAGAUAAAGCUCGUCCUCGGACCGUGGCUUCUCUCCUUGAUUCUUUUAAGCUCCGACAUGCAAUCUGUCAUCGUUUCCUCCUUGUCCACCACUGACUUUGCCUUUGCCCCGAGGUCAUUUGAAGAAUUGGUUUCGUCCAAAUUUAAAAUCUCCUUUUUCGGAAAUGACACCGUGGCGGACAAAGCAAUACGAAACCUUGCUCGGGAGGAAGGGAGGGAAUCUUUUUUUGGGAAAAUUUCAGCCAAAAUUGAGUCAACUUAUAAUUAUGUAGAUGUCUAUCUUCAGAGGAAUUGUUUCUCGAGAAUGAGGAUAUGGGGAAUUGUUUGUAUGGGAACGAUGCAACCCGGCUUGCAGAAUGCGUAUCAAUCCUUAGUUUCAAAAUCUGGCGAGAUCUUAUUUCUCCAAUCUACCGAUGUCGUGUUUCCAGUUAUCACAGUGUUGCACUUUUCCAAGCUCAUGGAUCACUUACAAGGUAAAAUAUGA